AUGCGCCCGUCUGCGCUCGCACGCCAAACCCUCCACGCGCCCGCGCGUCGCGUCUGUCGGCCGCGCGACGGUCCCGCGUCGUCACCGCGCAUGACGUCACGCAUCGCGCGCGCCGUCGCGCCCGCGGACAUCGAUCUCCCCAACCCGGCGGCGAUAUACGACGUGUGCGACGAAGAAUCCAUGCUCUACGGCCCCGCGAACACGUUCGCCAUCAAACCGGAUGAUCUCAUCGUGCGAUGCAAGACGGUGCUCAAGAAUGGCUUCGCGAACAUCGCGGGUGAUUUGGCGGAAGAUUUUCAAUUCAUUGGCCCCGUGGUCGGACCGCUUCCGGCGAAGGCGUUCGUGAAAGCGGUCGGGGGAUUCGAUCUCACGCAAGGAUUCCCGGACAUGAAGAGUAAUUAUUACCAUUUCCGAGUCGACCCGUACGAGACGAAUCGGGUUUGGUUCACGAACCGAACGACGGGGACGCACACGGGAAAGCUCGCGGGACGAUUCGAAGCGACGGGGACGCGGGUGGAAUGCCCGCCGCAGGCGCUGUCGAUGACGUUUAAUGCGGAAGGGAAGGUGACGAAGAUCACGGUUGGAGUGGUGAUGGACCGCACGCUCGGUAAUACGGGCGGGCUCGGUGGCGUAUUUGGGUUGUUCAACGCCAUCGGCUCGCCUUUGCCGUUCCCGGAGGCGCGACCUUGGAAGAUGAGCAAGCGUUACCGAUUGUUCCAAUGGAUCGGGAGGCUCGCGAGUCGCGGGAACGACGAUUAG